UCUAGAUCCACCAACACAGCCAGCAAGCAACUCUGCAAGCCAGCAAGCCUGCCAAGCAGUUGCAAGAAAAGCAAAACAAAGUCAGACAAAGAAAGAAUCAAACAGGCGCGUCAGUAAUCAGGGUUGUGAUAGCUGCUACUUGGAAACACUCUUGUUGAUUUGCGCAUACAUAUACAUAUACAUAUACAUAUAUAUAUAUAUUUCAUCGUAUUCACGCAGUAUUUGGGCAAGGAGACAACUGCUGGAGCUCAGGUGUCUAUUUUUAUUACUUCAGGUGAUACUCUUUGUUGACUCUGCAAAGGUCUGGUGACCCAAGCCAUGAGAAGGAGAAGGGUUUGUUGCCACGGUCUUGCGAGAAACUCUUCGACAUGAUCCAAAGACUCAAAGAUGAAGUCCAAGAACAAGGCACACCACUGCAAACGGCUGUCCUGGCCAGCUACUUGGAGAUCUAUCAGGAAAAGAUGUAUGACCUGCUGGUCAACACUCGGGCAGAUCUUCAAGUUCGGUUGCACCCUACGCUUGGCCCACAUGUUCCGGGUCUGAUCCAAAGCCCUGUCACCACCAGCGAGGAGGUACAUGAGCUUCUGGAUUUUGGCGCCAAGAAUCGCGCAGUAGGUGCUACAAGCAUGAAUGCCAACUCUUCGCGAUCGCAUGCGGUUUUCACGCUGGACAUCCGCUUGAGCUACUCUGGGGAGGCGGCCAAAGACUUGCAAUCUCGAAUUCACUUUGUGGACUUAGCCGGUAGUGAAAAGCAGAAGAAGACCAAUGCAACUGGAGAACGGCUGCAGGAAGGUAUUGCCAUCAACCAGUCGCUGUCCUCCUUGAGCCGGGUCAUCCAGGCGUUGUCAGGGAGCAGUGGAAUCCAACCAGUCUUCCGGGAGUCGAAGUUGACGAUGCUCUUGAAGGAGGCCCUAAGUGGCAACAGCCGCACUGCGAGAUCCUUGGUGCUGUUGGCUUGCAUCAGUCCCUCGCGAAGCAACCAUGAGGAAACCAUCAGCACUUUGGAGUUUGCUGCACGUUGCAAGCUCAUAAAGACCAAUGCCACGAAGAACGAGCAGGACAAGCGUGAAUUGUUGGAAACCCUAUCCAAAGACAAGCAGGAAAUUGAGCGUCGCCUGGAGGAGGAAAGGCAACGCAACAAACUUUUGCUGCAAGAGAUGGAACGAAGAAUAGCGGAAGCUAAGAGAGAUCAGGAGCUUGCUCGACAAAUGCAAGAGGAGAAACGAGAGAUUGAGGAGAAGUUGCAAGCUUACCUGAAGGGUGAGCACGAGCGCGGGAAAGAACAACAGGUGGAGGUGGCGCAACAGCUGAAAGGGAAGAAUGAGGCUGAGCGGGAAAGCCCUGCGGACGCUGCGAAGGAAGCACCACGAGAAAGCCCUGGAACAGAUGCCGAGCAGGUUGAGAAAAAGGAGCCGCAGGAAGGACCGCCGGAAAGCCUUGCAAGUGCCGCGGAGAAGGUUGAGCAGACAGAAAGGCAGGCACUGCAGGAAAGCCCUCCCGACGGCGAGAAGGUGCGAGAUCCGGAGGACAUCUCUUUGGACAUAGCGGUCGAGCUUUGGACGAAAAGCGAGAUCUACGAGUUGCGUUGCGUGGCGUGA